AUGCGCAUCUCAACAAUCAGACAACGUCGCGCACACUCGGCCGUACAAAGACGCACAUUCAAGCAAGUCGCUGCUGCCAUUCCCACGAGGUCAAUCGAGGCUCCUUCAAUCACGCCGCACUUCCCAGAAGAACCUGGAUGCGCUUCGAUAGUCGUCGACUGCAAAUCCGGUAUUGCUCAAAUCGAAAUAGCCAAUGGCGGAAACACGGGAACAGUCAGCUACGACUGCUCGCUAUCUGGACAGAAGACCUAUUCUGUCACUCUCGAGCUUGGAGUAUUCAAUCCAUCUGCACCUCUUCGCUUGGAAGUACUUGGUUGCAAUGGCCGUGUCAAGCGAACUCCGGAUGCCUGGAAAAUGACAACUCAGGAUGUCAUUCACAUUGACAAUUCAAACAUCGUUUUGCGAAAACAAUCCGCGACUGGUAUCGACGUACGAACUAGCAAUGGCGACGAGGAAGCCGACGAAAUCCCUGAUGGCCAUAAGUGGGCAGUUCUACUCCAGGAGAAGGGCGCAAAUGGCAAGCUCACACGCGCAAAGACAAUUGACUUGCGAAUUGGCGCCAUCCUCGACGGAGCGGUUGUAUACUACGAGGACGGACACACGACACCUUGUGGACUUCGCUAUGGCCACGGCGGCGCCAAGCAUUACUUUGGCGGCGGCAACUCUCAGAAGUUGCACAUCCCUCCAGGUGUCGAUAUUGUCAAAGUAGAGGUGAACAGGUUUGGAUGGGGUAACCAGGUGUUGGGUGGUAUUAUCAUGACUUUGUCAGACGGAACCAAGGCAGGGUGUCUCAACGGCCAUUGGUUGGCCAGUUCAAUGUUCAAGAACAACGAUGUCAAGGUGAUGGAAGCGGGAGUGGGAGAGAAGAUUAUCGGGUUCUUUGGCACGUCUGUUCAUUAUACGAACGAGUUUGGUAUCAUCACUGGGCCGGCGGGUGUGGAACUUCCACCCCAGACAUACGAUAUGGCAGAGCUGCAGAACAUUCAAGCUCGAGACUGGGCUGGCAACAAGUAG